AUGUGCGGCGCCAUCUCCGCCCAAUCGUUCGCCACCGACAUGUGCGUCCCGGCCAACAUCCACCAACACGGCGCGACGAUCAUACCACACCACCUUCACCAACCCAUGUCGGCCUCGACCUGCCGCAUUACUGACCCUCGUCCCAGCGACACUUCGAAUAACCGAUCCUCGCCACAACGUACCGCCGCCCAUGCUCGUCCAUCCGCAGCGCUCUCACGCCGAACUGGGUUGGGCUUUCAGUCGGUCCCGAGAUUGGCGGUUGUGAAGCGAGUCGAUGUCCCAACAGUCGCCGCAAUUGUCGGUGUUUUGGCUAGCCACGUCCCGACCAUCGGGGUUCUUGAAGCCGGGCGUCACGUUCAGCAAAUAUUUCGUGUCUUCCGGAACCCUCUCCAUGAACAUCGACGGCUCCUGCAAGGAUGCUGGCUGAAGAAGCGAUUAAGCUCGAGGAAAUCGAUGAGGCCGCCGCUCGGGGGGGGAUGGAAUCCGGCCCAACGCGCUCAGAACGAGGGAAGCGAGAAGGACCGUGCUGAGGCUGGUAUCCGCGUUGAGGAAAUCCAAUUGGAAGAUCUCCACGACCAGAUCCAUGAAGCGGAGAAAAAUCUGUUUGCUGCACCGACGCUAAAGAAGAAGAAAACUGGCAAGAAGGAACUGCCGAGGCCCGUAGAUGGCAUGCUUGACCCCGAAAAAUUUUCUGAAGUUGAGACGGCUAAUCUGAAUCAGGUAUCUUCUGAAUUUAUGGAUCGGAUGGAUGCCUUUGAUGAGGCUCAAAACGAGGCUAUCUCGGCGGCUUUUGCCGACGACGAUGUGAUAGAGAUUUUGAUACGGAAGAGGGCGGUGUAUGUUCAACCGGGAUUUUUGAAAAUUCGGUUUGGAUUGGAAGAAGCUGAAAAAGAAAAGGAUAUCGAUCUAUCAUUGCCGGGCUGGGGAUCGUGGACAGGUCCGAACGUCGCUCCCAAAAAGAAGAAGGAUAACCGGUUCAUCAUUAAGGGGCGAGAAGUCAAGCGUAAGAUAAAAGCCGGGCUGGCCUCAUCAUUUCAAGAGAAGAUUGAAUCGUCGAUCACAAAAUUCCAACCGAAGGAUGUGCCGUUCGCGAACAGUCGCAUGGAAGAUUUUGAAGCAGCUGUUCGCCCAGCCCAUUGGUCG